ACAAGAAUGUAUUCCGAUCUUAGGCUUCUUGCUCUCGAUGGUCACAAAAUAUAUGUUCGUCUAUCUAAGUAUACUCUCUUGAAGCUUGUUUGAAGCCCACGUUCGUCCGAGGACCGAUAUCUGGUCUUUGAACGCCCAACGAACGACACAAUACCGUGAUUCGAAGUCCUUCCGAACCUCGAUGUGCUGUGUAUCUCUUGCCACGCCUCGUCCGCAUUGCAACAACCGCCCCUUGGAGAGACACUUACUCAAAUAACAAUAAUUUAUUCCCGCGGUUUGUUCUUUGUACCUCAGCAGGACUCCACCAUAGUCCAAAAGAGGUGCGAACCUCGCCUGAACCGUGUCUCACCUUGCUUCCGCUGCGCGCUGAUUGGCGAUUGAAUUUGCCUGGAAGAGAAGCGGCAUGCUUUUCUUCGACGCGGCCUUGCUGCCUCCGCGCUGAACGCGACACAUCCGUCGACGCGUAUAUAAGGCCAUCAGGUCUCGUCUCGGACCCUAAUAUCUGCACUCAUACAACAUCUUUCAUUCUAUAGCGUCUUUUGCACACCACAGCAAUUACCCCUUUUAUAUAAUUCAAUAAUCAUGGCACCCAUCCCCGCGCGUAACUACCUCCCCGACUUUACAGGAACCACCAUCGCUGGAUCCGUACAACUCACCAGACCACUAGGAUACGGGACCACCGCCGUCGUCUAUCACGGUAUCGACACGUCCACCGGCUCCGAAUAUGCUGUGAAAUGUAUGCUCAAAGGCAAGCCUGGGACUGUGAGGGGAUAUGCGCAGAGGAUGGAGGUUUUGCAUCAUGGAAUUGUUUCGACGUCGUCUGGCACGGCCUCAGGAGGAAAUGACGGCCAGCCGCACGGAGAAGAAAGUCCAGACAUCGUCCAACUUCACUCCACACACGAUCUCCGCACCCUCUCCGGAUCUUACACUUUCAUCCUCCUAAAUUAUUGCGGCCCAUAUGACCUCCUCACCCUCUCCGGGUCCAAACAUCGCCUCUUCUUCCGCAAUGACGCGCUCCUCAAGUCCGUAUUCAUCAGGAUCGUGAAAGCGGUGGAACAUUGUCAUGAGAGGGGCGUGUAUCAUAGGGAUAUUAAGCCGCAGAAUAUUUUGGUUGAGUGGUUAGGUGGCGAGGGUGGCGAAGGAGAGGAGGGUAAGGAGGGUAAGGGGGAUGGGAGUGUAGGAAGGGUCUGGUUGGCGGAUUUCGGGAUGGCGACACGGAAAGAGUGGAGUACGAAUUUCAGAGUGGGAACAUUACCGUACAUCUCGCCAGAAUGUCUCGCCUCCUCAGGAGAUCCCAAACCUUAUUCCACUCCCCAAUCCGACGUGUGGUCCUUAGGAAUCCUCUUAGUAAAUCUAAUCAGUCUUCGCCGCCCCUGGCGUAUCGCCGUCGCCGAUCCUUCCGCCACCUCGACUUCUUCUCCCCCUCCCGCUCACUCAAUGUCACCGCCACCACAACCCGCUCCUUCAUCUUCUUCCACGACCUCACCACCCUCCUCCCCAUCCCCACCCUCAAAACGACCACAAUCCACCAACCCUCAUCCCCACCCCCAACUCCCCAAAAUCGAACCAGACCCCUGCUACACCUCCUUCCUAACCAACCCCCACUUCCUCACACAAACACUCCCCAUCUCCCACUCUGCCAAUCUCCUCCUCCGGCGCAUUCUCAACCCGAUCCCUGAAGAGAGGCCGAGCUUGAGGGAGAUAAUCGAUACGGUGGAGGGAAUGGGAGAGGGAGGGAGGGAGGGUUUCUGGAUGAGCGAUGAGGAGAUCUGGGGGUCCGAGGGCGAGGAUGAGGAUAGGGAAGAUGUGAGGAGAGCGAUGAGCGUGUUUGGUUACCGUGUGGAUGGACGGGGGAUCAACGCGGACGAUAAUGAGGAUGAGAACGAAAAGGAAACCGGAGAGGUAGAGGCGGGCGAAAAGGAUUGCGGUGCGAAGGUGGAAGUGGUGAGUGUGGCGUCACGAGAGGAGGUAUCGGAGCCGAAGAAGACGGUCGGAGACGCAGAGGUGGAGGUAGAGGCGGAGGCACCCGCUUGUAAAGGAGCGUCGGUGGGAGAACCCUCGAGCUCAGAUUCAGUGUCCUCCUCGUCCUCGGGAACAGUCCAUUCGGCAGCGUCAUCCCCGGCCGCGUCACAAGGUACAUGUGUCGGGUCUGUGAGCGCGGAUGAGGGUGAUGAUAUCGGAAAGGGUCUGGAGAAGGAGAGGGGGGAGAAGCUCGUCGAAGCUGUGGAGGUGAAGGCGGAGGAGGUGGAGGGGGCGCUCCCUGUCCUGGUAAACGCAAUGCGGGCUGUGGCGGUGGCCCAGGUAGCGCCUGCCGACGGGCUCGAACCAAGUCCCCUCGACGUCGACGUUGCGGAAACUGCUCUCCCUAUCCCUGUUCCUAUUUUGUGUCCUUCCUGAGCCCCACCAUGGCCGCCAUCCUCCUGAUCAAUGUUUCUCUUGUUUAAGUUAUUCCCGUUCUUCUCCACGCAAUAUUUUUACUGUAUAGGCAAACCCAUCCAUCAACCACAUCUGUAUCAUCCUGAACGAAUUUAACGCUCUCGCACGCAUAUUUACGUAGACAUCACUAGCUCGCCCACUCAUUCACUCACUCACGUCGUACAAUGCAUACCCACACACUCAUCACGUUUAUGUAUCAUCACACUUGACUUAUUUGACCCUGCUCCAUUAC